AACUCUCUAAGUUCCAGCAGCAGGGGAGAGUGGCUCUUCAGAGCACACGCAGCCCCCCACAACUCCGCCCCCAUGUCAAGUGCACGCGGGCACACGGGUUGGACUCUCGCCCACGCACGCACACACACACGCGCGUGCACACACAUGCACACUCGUGUGCACACAUACUACUUCUAGGUGUGUGGGUCUAAAGUUGCUUCCGUCGAGAGGCUAAACUGAGGUGGACCAGUCUUCAUUGGUGCCUAGAAAGCACCUUACUGCUUUCCGGAGCACCUCAGAAAGGAAGGCGGGAGAGGGGAGCAUCACUCUUUCUUAGAGUUGUCUCCCCCUUUUGCGAGAUGACCAGCGUGGAAACUCCAAGUACCCGAAGCCCUUGGAAUACUGCCGCAUGGAGCAUAUUCGAGCGUCUUGGACAAAUCCUGGACUUGGGCCACCCGGGUUUGGCAACUUGUUUUGAGCAGCCCUGGAUGGAGCCUGGACCCACCUUUCCCAGAGACUUGUCUCCACCGCUCCGCUUUGAAUUUGUGAACUGGCGAUGAAGCAGAUAGGAGUUUUGUACUGGAGGAUACUUUGGCGGCAGGCUGCCUCCCAUUCGCACUUAAAGGUGGAAGCAAGGGCCCCGCUCUAUUGGCACUUCGAAACCGCACAGACUCUCGGGGGCAGAUGAGCAAUGACUCCACAGAAGGUACCGUGGGCUCCUGCAACGCAACAGGUUUGACGGAUGAAAAGGUGAAGGCCUAUCUUUCUCUCCAUCCCCAGGUAUUAGAUGAAUUUGUUUCUGAAAGUGUUAGUGCAGAGACUGUGGAAAAGUGGCUGAAGAGGAAAACCAACAAAGAAGAUGAACCGUCUCCCAAGGAAGUCAGCAGGUACCAGGAUACGAAUAUGCAGGGAGUCGUGUACGAGCUGAACAGCUACAUAGAGCAGCGCCUGGACACGGGCGGGGACAACCACCUGCUCCUCUAUGAGCUCAGCAGCAUCAUCAGGAUAGCCACAAAAGCCGACGGAUUUGCACUGUACUUCCUUGGAGAGUGCAAUAAUAGCCUGUGUGUGUUCACACCACCCGGGAUGAAGGAAGGCCAACCCCGGCUCAUCCCUGCAGGGCCCAUCACCCAGGGUACCACCAUCUCUGCCUACGUGGCCAAGUCUAGGAAGACGCUGCUGGUAGAGGACAUCCUUGGGGAUGAGCGAUUUCCACGAGGUACUGGCCUGGAAUCAGGAACCCGAAUCCAGUCUGUUCUUUGCUUGCCCAUCGUCACUGCCAUUGGAGACUUGAUUGGCAUCCUUGAACUGUACAGGCACUGGGGCAAAGAGGCCUUCUGCCUCAGCCAUCAGGAGGUUGCAACAGCCAAUCUUGCUUGGGCUUCCGUAGCAAUACACCAGGUGCAGGUGUGUAGAGGUCUCGCCAAACAGACCGAACUGAAUGACUUCCUACUCGACGUAUCAAAGACAUACUUUGAUAACAUAGUCGCCAUAGACUCUCUACUUGAACACAUCAUGAUAUAUGCAAAAAAUCUAGUGAACGCCGACCGCUGCGCGCUCUUCCAGGUGGACCACAAGAACAAGGAGCUGUACUCCGACCUGUUUGACAUUGGGGAGGAGAAGGAGGGGAAGCCCAUCUUCAAGAAGACCAAGGAGAUCAGAUUUUCCAUUGAGAAAGGGAUUGCUGGUCAAGUGGCAAGAACAGGCGAGGUCUUGAACAUUCCAGAUGCCUACGCAGACCCUCGCUUUAACAGGGAGGUGGACCUGUACACAGGCUACACCACGAGGAACAUUCUGUGUAUGCCCAUAGUGAGCCGAGGCAGCGUGAUUGGCGUGGUGCAGAUGGUGAACAAGAUCAGCGGUAGCGCCUUCUCCAAGACAGACGAGAACAACUUCAAGAUGUUUGCCGUCUUCUGCGCACUGGCCUUGCACUGUGCUAACAUGUACCACAGGAUCCGCCACUCAGAGUGCAUCUACAGGGUUACCAUGGAGAAGCUUUCUUACCACAGCAUCUGCACCUCCGAGGAGUGGCAAGGCCUCAUGCGCUUCAACCUACCAGCACGCAUCUGCCGGGACAUUGAGCUAUUCCACUUUGACAUUGGUCCUUUCGAGAACAUGUGGCCUGGGAUCUUUGUCUACAUGAUCCAUCGGUCUUGUGGGACAUCCUGUUUUGAACUUGAAAAAUUGUGCCGUUUUAUCAUGUCUGUGAAGAAGAACUAUCGGCGGGUUCCUUACCACAACUGGAAGCAUGCAGUCACGGUGGCACACUGCAUGUAUGCCAUACUUCAAAACAACAAUGGCCUCUUCACAGACCUCGAGCGCAAAGGCCUGCUAAUUGCGUGUCUGUGCCACGACCUGGACCACAGGGGCUUCAGUAACAGCUACCUGCAGAAGUUCGACCACCCCCUGGCGGCGCUGUACUCCACUUCCACCAUGGAGCAACACCACUUCUCCCAGACGGUGUCCAUCCUUCAGCUGGAAGGGCACAAUAUCUUCUCCACCCUGAGCUCCAGCGAGUACGAGCAGGUGCUGGAGAUCAUCCGCAAAGCCAUUAUCGCCACUGACCUCGCCCUAUACUUUGGGAACAGGAAGCAGUUGGAGGAGAUGUACCAGACAGGGUCGCUGAACCUCCACAACCAGUCUCAUCGAGACCGCGUCAUCGGCUUGAUGAUGACUGCCUGCGAUCUUUGCUCUGUGACCAAACUAUGGCCAGUUACAAAAUUGACAGCGAAUGAUAUAUAUGCAGAAUUCUGGGCUGAGGGUGAUGAGAUGAAGAAGCUAGGCAUACAGCCCAUUCCUAUGAUGGACAGAGACAAGCGAGAUGAAGUCCCUCAAGGGCAGCUUGGAUUCUACAAUGCUGUGGCCAUUCCCUGCUACACCACCUUGACGCAGAUCCUCCCACCCACAGAGCCUCUGCUGAAGGCCUGCAGGGAUAACCUCAGUCAGUGGGAGAAGGUAAUUCGGGGAGAAGAGACAGCAAUGUGGAUUUCAGGCCCAGGCCCGGCGCCUAGCAAGAGCACAUCUGAGAAGCUGAACGUGAAGGUUGACGACUGAUCCUGAAGUGACGUCCUGAUGUCUGCCCAGCAACCGACUCAACCUGCUUCUGUGACUUCGUUCUUUUUGUUUUCAAGGGGUGAAAAACCCCUCUCAGAAGGUACCGUCGCAUAUCCAUGUGAAGCAGACGACUCCCUGCUUGCCGCACACACCUCGGACAGUGAGCAACCCAGGCUCCGCCGUGUUCAGACGUCGGCUACUCCGUGGCUCCACCUGACCUCCGAAUGCUAUUUGCUACCAGGCCAGCACUGCACUGUCUGGAGGGGGCAGAGACUAACAGGAGGGGUUCUUGCCUGCAUCCUCCUGUGAGGGUGUGGCCGGUUCCCUGGUUCUGUGCCAUGCUGCUGCUUGGUGGCAUUUGUUAGGAAUGGGACACACGCCCCUUGUUGUGAAGUUUACAUGUGACCUUCUUGUAGGUUAACUGAGUUUGUAGCCUGGGACACAUGUAAUGAAGGUUACAGUCCACAGGUGAUAGAGAAAUUCAAACUGCUGAUUACAGGUGCACUACAGCUGUGCUCUUUCAGUCUAUCUGGGGGCACGUAGGCGAGUCCGCUCCACUCAGAAGGAAGCAUACCUCUGCCCUCAUCCAGGGGACACAGGGUACAUCCCAGGCAUCGGGGAACUGAAGCUCUCACUUCAAACCAUGUCAAAGAAUUAAAACACCUCCCCUCCCCCUCACUGUAGCCUUCGGCGACUGCGCCAAUCCCUUUAUACAAAGAAAAUAAAAGUAAGGCAUAUAAAUUUCCUCCAGCAAGCAAAUCUUGUGGGUAAAAAAAAAAAUGUGAAUUUUAACAACCUCUAUAUUUUCACUGUGUGUUAUGGCAGAAUUUUAGUCAUGUCCAAAACAAAAGAUUAUUCCAGAAGAUACCUCACCCCAUGCCUGAAAGGCUCCACAGCAUGGCGUCAGUCUCCCAGGGUUCUGAUCUGUCUCCUCACGGUGCAAUCAGGCAGGACAGGAGGAGGUGCAGGGCCACCAUGUUGACCCAGAUGGUGUCUCCUCUCACCAUUCAGACAUCCAUAAGGAACGCCAAAUGCUGUAUUGGAUAGUUUUCCUGCGCGACUUUCUAGAGAAGCCAGGACACCCCUGGGCCUUUCCUGGGGACUCCUAAGGAAGUCACAGGUUCACACCAUGGGGAUUUUCAGGAUAGCAGCAUGGAGACCAGAGAAUCCAGGCUCGGUUGUUCUCUCUUGGUGAGCCUUGAGAAGGAAGAGACUGACCAGAAACAAACACUCAGCACUCUGGCAGGAGCACGAAAAGAUGCUUUAAGAUGAAUCUUUGGACUAGAUUUUGAUACACCCGAUACCAUACACACAGGAGCUUGGCAUUUGCAAAGUCUAUCCAGUUUCCUUCCACACUCUGACUCACAGUUGUAGCAGAGUGGGCUGAAUACUGUAACACUGUACAUGCGAUUUCCCCAUGGGCUUCUAAAAUGUCACCAUCUCCUCCCCUGCUGUGUCCUACUCCAUUUACUGGUUACAAGGUGAUGUCAACAAGAGAAGCUAUUACAACACCAGGGCUGUGCACACAUGUGCACACACAUGUAUGCACAAGCACACAGAUGUAUGUACAGCGCACACACACACACACACACACACACACACACACAUACACCAAAAGGAGAGAAAAGGAAGAAGAAAAAGUUUAUAAAAAGGGACAGCUACCCCCAUAUUCAAAAACAGUUCUUUUCCCUGUAGGGAAACAGCUCUCCAUAAGGAAAUUAUCAUGAGUGUGUUCUCCCAUCAAUGUACUUCUCCCAGGGGUGCUCACUGAAGCUGGUCCACUUAUAUAAACAGGUGACACUGGCUGCAGCAAAAAGCCAUUCGAUCCACACAAAUUGAUCAUCUAUCAUCUUGGAAUCUGAAUUGCAGGGAGGAGCAGUGUGUAAGACGACCGUUUAAUUCAGGCAUUCUGAAGGCAUGAGUGCAUGGAUUCUGUCACCAAGCAUAUAAAAGGACCUGGCACUGGGAAACCUAUGACUGACUGUUUUUGCUGUAGAAGUAGGGAUUUUACAGAAGUCUCUUUGAAUUUGCUCUGCCUGGGGCAGUUUUGCAGAGGAACCUGCCAGAGAUUUAUUGGCUGGUCGGUCAGUCUCUUGGGAAAUAGUAUCAUGUGAGAAACAGUUUGUAGAAAAAAAACUAUACCUGGGAAGACCUUUGCAACAUUGUUCCUUCCAUGAGCCAAGACUCAGUUAGGAGGCAUAAAUCUGCCCAGAAUAAACUAGGCCAGGAUACAGCCAUGUUUAGUUAAUAAUUUGGUUUUAGAAUUCACACAGGCAGGAUUGGUUUUUUUGUGUCUUGGCAAGUGGAGCAUAUUUAACAUACAGGCAUGGGAAUCUGCCUCAGCUUUUCCCACCCUCUUGUCUCACCAAGUUUUUUCUCUCCAAAGGUUUUCAGGAAUUUCUCAUUAAUGGCUGAUGCAAACUUAGUGAAUAAUAAUGAAUAUAAACAAUGCUCAACUCACCAAAAUUAUAUUACUUGCAGUCAUUUGUGAUAACACAAAUUUUAUCGCAAUGAUUAUUUUUAUCUAAUUUGUGGCCACACACUGUGGUUAUCUUUUGUUGUGGUUGUUUCUGAGAAAAUGUUCUUGGAUAUGUAAGUGCCAAUACCAGUGUGAAGUAUUGAUCCCGGGCAGCAAAAUACAGCCUAAGGUUUGUAAACAUCAAUUCUAUCUCAGUUCAGCAGAGGGCCUGAGAAGCUGUGGGGCAGUGUAAAGUAUGCUGGGCUGGUGGUGGUCAGCCUUCCCCCUUGCCAAGAAGAGAGCAGUUGAAUCCUGCCCCCAGCUCCCUCCAGCCUGAAGAGUGAUCAGUGCUGGCCAGACAGGUCGCUGAGAUAUUCUAAGUGACCUACUCCCACAAUGGCAAAAAAUAGGCGGUUUGAUGUGACCUGUUUAGGGUGGCUCUCCUCUUUUGAGCAUGUGCUAGCAUUUUUAUUUUAUACUCACCCAGUGAACUCUGUUCUUUCAAGUGUGUUCAUGUAUGUGCUAGAUAUAUUAGCACAGCCUGCCUUCUGCUGCACAACGCCUUAGAGACCCGGCCUUUCAAUGAGCUUAGCUUGUGCUGUGUUUCUGCUCUCUUAGGUCUAAACUAUGGUGUCAGCUUUAAUAGAACAAAAGUAUGCAUCUUGCCUUGGCUUGAGCUUUUUCGUUUUCAAUGCUGACUUCUCCCCUUUCUCUCCUGUGCUCAUCUUACCUUUCCAGAGUGUAGGGGACAACUUUUAAAGAGGCGUGUCCCUGGUAGGGGCAUCCCUGUUCACCAGGUGCCUGUCAUCACCCCACUUCACUGACAUCUACCCUGGUGACUAUGGGUUCCUCUUGUUUGUAGGGAACGGUGGUUCCAGGUAGAGGCAUCAAUCUGUUGGGUUCUGGCUCCCGGCUACCUUUGGUUUCGAAAGUCUCUUCUCUGUACAUUCCUACCCCGCAUUUGCUUUGUGCGGUGCUGAUGCUGUGCGCAGUAGGAUUCUUGGAUGACUUUCCAUCAGUCACAGACUCCCCCUGUUGCAAAGUGUCAGGCUGACUCGACAGUCCCCGUAAAAUCUGAGUCAGUCACAUACAGGCUGACAGCCACGGCUUCAACUUGCAUGGCCAUUCUAUUUUCACACAUGAGUUUCUGUUGCCGGCUGGCUGGCUGGCAUUCUCUAUGCUAAGUUGAAAUCAGGGGUGCCCAGCAGAGCCCAUCAUUCUCACUGUCUUUGAAACAAAGCUGUACGGUUUGAUCAAUGAACGUAUUUAAAGCAUUUCAUGCAAUGACAAAGUGCUCAGUAGUGGAAGGCAGGCUGUGAUCAGUCUGCCUGCUCCUUACUAUAAUUGUGAGGGUUUGUUACUGGAACUGGAGGCCUGACCUUGUGGGGGCACAGGGUGGAACCUUAGCUGAAUAUAGUGCGUGUCUCAAGAGGAAGUCAGGGCACUAGCUCAGUGCUCAAUCUCCAGGUACUAUACAUUUGCCCGUUUUAUCUCUAAUGUGAAAUAAAUCCCCAAACACUUGUUUAUGGUGUAGCGUACCUAAAAUACUAUUCUAUUAUGGGUGUCCCCACUUUCUUUCUUGGUUUGGUCACCCCGAUCCCCCGGUCUUCUGCUGUAUCUAGAACAGUGAAUAUAAAUGAUGUACGGGAAUAGUGUUUCCAUAUGAUCUGUUGUCUGGAGUAUACGCUACAUGUUCAUUUACUGUACAAAAUCCCAGUGCAGCUGAUGAUGCAAAGCAGUCUCUCUCUGUGUACAGUGCCCCACCUAUUUAAAAAUCACGUACUUGCCCAGAACACUGUGAAACACUUAACAUAAGAACAAACGCAGCGUCUGGAUUCUUUCCAAGAAGAGCAACUUUCUCCACAGGAACACAGUAACAAAAGAGGUCCGCCGCCAUCCACACCCAGCCAAGACACCUCAGAGGCCAUAGGGACAACCUCCUUGCUGGCCAACACCUGCUGGAGCAGGGGCACAGGUCCCAGCAACUGAUCCUCAGUGGAUGGGUCUGCAGCCAAAGCCUUAAUGGGCUCUCUUUUGAAGGGGAAAGAAAGAAUUUCAAGCUAAUGAUAUCCAACAUUAUUAUAGUUGAUGAGUUAGUAAAUUCCAAAAAAAGAUGAUUUUAUAUGUAUGACAUAAAAAAAAAAAUCUUUGUAAAGUGCGCAAGUGCAAUAAUUUAAAGAGGUCUUAUCUUUGCAUUUAUAAAUUAUAAAUAUUGUACAUGUGUGUAAUUUUUCAUGUAUUCAUUUGCAGUCUUUGUAUUUAAAAAAACCUUUACUGUUAUGUUUGUAUAAUAGAACAUUAAUCAUUUAUUAUAACUCAGACAAGGUGUAAAUAAAUUCAUAAUUCAAACAGCCAGUAUAUAUGCAUAUAUGGGUGUUACAUUGCAAAAAUCUCUAUCUUUGUUCUAUUCACAUGCUUAAAGAAGUAAGAAAUCUUUUGUGGAUAUGUAAUUAUACAUAUAAAGUAUAUAUAUAUGUAUGAUACAUGAAAUAUAUUUAGAAAUGUUCAUAAUUUUAAUGGAUAUUCUUUGGUGUGAAUAAUUGAAUACAAC